AUUGUAUAAAAUAAAUUUAUUAGUUUUUAAAGGCCAUAUUUGUCUACACGACCUAUGAGGAUUUUAGCAAUAAAAUAUCAUCCACUUUCAAAUAUCUAAUAAAUUUAAUGUCCCUAUAUAUAACGGAUUAAGUUUUGAAUAAUUAAAGUUAUUGCCAGAACAAAAAGAGAACGAAAAAAAGAAUAUUCUCAAUCUACCACCAUGUAUUCCUCUUCGAGUUCUUGGAGCUCAUCACAAGAAUCAUUCUUGUGGAACGAAAGUUCGUUUUUAGAUCAAUCCUUCUUUUGCCCUGCUCAUAAUUACUCUGAUGACUUCUUCUCAUUUGAGUCUCCGGAGAUGAUGAUAAAAGAAGAAACCCAAAACGACGACGUUUCAAACUCCGAGGGAGAAGAAAAGAUUGGUACUGUCGAUGAAGAGAAGUCAUACAGAGGAGUGAGGAAGAGGCCAUGGGGAAAAUUUGCUGCGGAGAUAAGAGAUUCUACUAGGAACGGGAUUAGGGUUUGGCUCGGGACGUUUGAUAAAGCCGAGGAAGCAGCUCUUGCUUACGACCAAGCGGCUUACGCAACAAAAGGAUCUCUUGCUGUACUCAACUUCCCCGUGGAAGUGGUCAAAGAGUCGCUCAAGAAAAUGGAGAGUGUGAAUCUUGAAGAUGGAGGGUCUCCGGUCAUGGCCUUGAAGAGAAAACAUUCGCUUAGAAACCGGCCUAGAGGGAAAAAGCGAUCUUCUAAUUCUUCUUCUGCUUCUUCUUGUAAUUCUUGUUCUUAUUCAUCUUCUUCCUCUUCUUCGUCUUCAUCAUCAAGAAGUAACAAGCAGAGUGUUGUGAAGCAAGAAAGUGGUACACUUGUGGUUUUUGAAGAUUUAGGUGCUGAAUAUUUAGAACAACUACUUAUGAGCUCAUGCUGAUCUUGUAAAUGAUUCCAGCUAUAGCAAUCAUUAAAUUUUAAUCUUGCGGUAGUUUUGAGAUUCGUUUGUUCAUUCUGUAAUUUCUUUGGUUCUCUUACUUUUCCUUUGUUGUAUCCAAAAGAAAUUAUUGGAAGAGAUGCGAUGAUGAUGGUGA